UCCGUUGGUCACGUGACACAGCUUUGGGCAGGUUUGUCAGACGACAAAACCGAGGAUCGGGUGACUUCUGUGUUCAUUUGUCCACUUCUCGAGAGCUCUCUAGUACCUCACCUUCUUUCGUUCUCCCGGAUUACCUUUGUGUGGUGACCAGAGGAGGUUUUUCCAGUCGAGAAGUUGCGGGGGAGUCGGGUUUGUGUUGCAGAAGGGUGCGGGGAGUGAGUGGACACAGCAAACACCGUCUGGCUGGCGGUUGAAUUGAACACUGUGGGGCGGCCAUUGUUCGGGCGCAGUGAAGACACGUUUUAGUUCUGAGAAACUCCACUUUUUGUCCUCGUCGUUGUGGUCAUUCGUUGCUUAUUGUACAGACAAUCUUCAACAUGGACUUGGACAGCGAUGGGCUGGAUUUAAUGAGGAAAAUCGCCAGUGUUGACUGAGGUUGCGCUUGUUUUGUUUGACGGUACACUGGAGAGUUGAGAGGUUGGAUACGUGGCAGAAAUUGUGACUGGUGAGAACUGACUGGUCUCCAACAUGUCGGACUCACCACCCCCCUCCCCAGACCUGGACGAGAUUGAGAGCAAGUGUGACAACUUACUCGCCAAGCUCAGCAUGGACACACAAAGUCCCUCUCAGGGAGAAGGUGCCGCCUCCCAAGAAGAUUUGGCCCUUCAAAUCAACCAGCUGCAGUCCCUGGUCUCGGACAUGAAGUCGGGGUUUGAAGGGGCCAUGCAGGAGUUGGGCCGCAUCCAGAUAGAUGACAAACAGAUCGAGGAGCGGCUGGAUAACAGCAAGAGUGAGUUCAGACAGCAGGUGUUGGAGCUCAGCGAGAUGUUCCACUCACUCAAGGGUGAUUUUGACUUCAUCCGAAGCCAGAUCCAGCAGACCAAUGAUAGCCAGCAGGCCCUGCAGCAGAAAGUGGACAGCCUGCUGACAGACAGGGACGACAUCAGGGAUGAGAUUGUCAGGCUCAAGGAGUCAUCCAACAACCUCAAGAAAAAGGACCACCUUACUCCGUCCAAGUCUUCCGAGCAUUCCCAUCGCCAUAGUAACCAGCCCAGUGAUCCUGACAGUGGAGCAGAGGAUGAACAUGAUGACACCCACCCUGUGUCUCCCCUGCUCCAUCCUUACCUGGCUAGUCUGGCUGCUCCUGAUGACCUGGACAAUGUGGUGGACUCCGAUGACUCCCUGACACGUGCCGCCCAGCGAAGUCUCCGCCUCAGCCUGUCGCUACGGCAACAGUGUCUGGAGGCCGGCAGCGCGGCGUCCAGCGAGGAAGACGAGGAAUCAUUUUUCAUCACAUCAAGUAAACGGAUGGAGGUGAGCAAGUCUCUACGAACGACACCUAAGAAAAACCACAGGAACAACAACAGCGCAGAAGGCUUGCGAGGUGCUAUAGCCCAGGACUUUGUGGAGAGUGAGAGUCAGUAUGUGUCGUACCUGGCAGCUCUGCAGGAGAAGGUGGUGGAACCACUACGACAGGCGGACCUGGUGUCCAGUAGAGAAAUCAGUGCAAUGUUCCCAGCAGUACUACAGAGACUACACAUGAACCACAGCAGUCUGCUGAGGAAGAUGCAGGGGAGGAAGGACAACAGGGCCUGGCAGGGGGUGAUAGGGGACAUCUGUGGGCAGCUAACAGACCAGAAAAACUUCCUGGAUCUAUAUGUGGAGUAUGUGAAAGACUUCCCAGAUGCCAUGACAACACUGAAUCAGAACAGGAGACACUCAGGCAGAUUCCGGAAGUUCCUGAAGAACUGCAUGUCCAGGAUGGACAGAGGAGCUGGUGAUGUGGCCUCCAUUCUCCUGGCUCCUGUACAGAGGAUACCGCAAUAUGUCAUCUUCUUCCAGAAACUGCUGAAGCACACCAGAAGUGACCACCCUGAUCACUACUACCUGGAGAGCUCCCUGGAGAAGCUGCAGAGGUUCCUGGACCAGUACAACACCUCCAUGGAGACAGCCACACGUGUGGCGGCAGGAGAGGAGCCCUCUCCCAGCAGGAGUGGCAGCAGCUAUGAUGUCACUUUCAACAGUGGUAGCACUACAACAAGGGACAGUGGGGUGCACUCUGAGGACAAGGGGCCAAGAGUACCUUCUCCCUCAACCAGCAGAAGGUUUGCCAAAGCAGCUGCCCGGCAGAGAAGACGUGCAGCGAAGGACAGAGAGGACGAGCACCGACCCAGGUUCCCUGAGGAUGAGAGGAGACAACACAAACGGUCACCAUAUGAUGAGUAUGACGAUGAGUACAGCCAGAGGAGAUACAGUAGAGAUGAACAGUUUCACAACUACAGAUCCAGCUCUCCCAUCCCUCCACCUAGAACUGUCAGAAACCUUCCACCCAGACCAAAACCCAAACACCGUCGUCAGUACGAACACAUGCUGGACCCAGGUGUCCCCAGGUAUGAUAGUGAUGAGUCCUACAGAGACCAGUAUAACAACUAUUAUGCUCCCUCAGAGGGCAGCAGUCAGGACUACAUCCCCACUCACCAUCGCAGCAUGCCGUGGUUGAUACGGGACAGGGACGACAUUGACGAGCCUCUCCUGGACCCUCCUCAGUACCAGCCCUCACUUCUCACACACGCACCCUCCAGGAACAAGAAGUCCUCCAAGGCAGAGUUGAACAGUACAAUGCCUGCCAACAUGGUCGCCGUUUCCCGUCCCCACCCAAACCAGGCCAGGCAUGCCGUCAGUGCCUUUGACGUUCGUGAUGGAAGGACGAUGAUAAGGAAUGCUCCAGAUGGGCUCUCAGAGCCCUCACCUACUAAGCAGCAGCUAGCAAUGGCUCUGGCCAAGAGCCUGACACAGGAAAACGUUCAGCCUGUCCAGCCGAGACAGAGACACAGACAGACUCCUCCCUCCUCAGGUGGGACAAAACGAUCCACUCCUAAUGGAGAUGUGUCCGUCAGGUUUUCAUCAGGGAAGAAGCACACUCAGAAAUCAGCCUCACCAGAGGAACCAGUACCUCAGAAACUCACAGGUGUGUGGAGUGAGGAGCAGCCCACUGUAGAAAAGAUCCCCAUCCCCGCAGAGAGAAAGGAGAAGAAGAGGAAACCCAUCCCUCCAGAGGAAGCCGCUCCUUCUUCUGUAUCUCCCAAGAAGAAGGGCCUGAAGAAGUCUCUUAAAAACAUUUUCUUCAAGAAAAAUAUCAAGGGCCAGAAAGUCCAGGAACUUGACGGCCAUGAUGACAGCAUGGCGACCCAGCCGACCUUCAGCGAUGACAUCGUCACCACCAGGCAGUCUCAGACUCCUCCCAGUGUUACACCAGGAAUGACCUUCCAUGAUGAAAAUGGAGACCCGUGCAGUGCAGUUUGAAUAGCAAUAAAUGUAAUGGUCCUUUUAGCAAGGGCUAUUUUGUGUAUAAACUUAUUGGGCAGCUGUCAGAUACUAAGAUAAUAGAAGGGGGUAAGUAAGUUGAUACCACUUUUCAGAAUGGGAUAAGUCCAGAUUUGCAGUGUCCUCAGAACAUUCCAUGACAAAAGUCUGAACUACCACAGUGCACUUAUCUUCAUUAGGAGGAAGCCUUAUGUGACGACGAAUUUAACUCACUGCCACCAAGUGCUAUUACCGGUAUUAGUCAUUCCUCCAAAAUAACAUUUUCAGACCUGUGUUUGAGAGCUACAUUGUGCCACUAGCAUUAUUUACAACAUUCUACUGCUUCAUAGCAAUACUAAAUCAAAACUCCUUAUCAUUAAUGCUACAUGGUUCCUUUCACCUAGCCUAGCUAGUCUACUGAAACAUUUGUCUGUAUCCAUUUUAGUAACUCAUACGUAUUCUGUACAGAAAACGUACAAUGUGCAAUUUGUACCUCUUGCCUGAAGUAUUGGCUGUUUUAACCAACUUCUCACAGUUAGGCGAUAUCAGUUUAGUUCUUUGUUUGAUAGGUAUUUCAUCACUUGCUUUUUGUGCAAUCCUGCAACCUUUCUUACUUUGUAAAUGUAACUGGGAACAAGCAAUAUUGUGUGACAUUUUUAUGUAGGUCUACCAGAAGCCUUGCUUCUAUUUAAUCAGCUUCUCACACAUAGAUUGUUAGCAAUCUGGUAUUCCCUACCAGCUGUUGUUGGUUCAUCAUGUGUGUUGACUUUGAUACAAAUGACUUUAUUUACAUGUUAAAAUCAAGCAUUUUAAGAAAAGAAAGCAAUACUAACCACCAUGUAAACUUCAUAUUGCAAACUAUGAUAUCUACAAUGUAUACUGAAGAGUAAGGAUGUAGACAUCGUGCAAAGGGCCUACUUUUGAUGACAGGUCUUUUGUAUUUAUGUAAACAUGGUGUUUUAAAUUAAAUUAUGAUUUUGAAGAAUGUUUUAGAGUUAGGGCAUAGUCAAAACAUUUUUCUCCCUUAACUAUGAACAUUAUUUUCAUAUCAAAGUUAUUUUGUACAGAUAUACAAGUCAGAAAAUAAAAAAAAUAGCUGAAAACAGUAACUUCUGUUUGGUCCCAUGAUCUCUUUCACCUCAUGGCAACAUAUAUUUUCAGGGAAAGACAACAGGCACAACAGGUCCUCUGGUCUUGUGGGUUACCCUAGUGCCCAGUAGACACGGCCUAUAAGACAUUUGAAAUGACUCAUUGUGGACCUCAAUAAUGGGACCAGAGAAUCCAAGUCUUCACCCUGCAGGGAAUAUGUGUCCACCAGUUCCCAAUAUUCAUGUCAGCUAAUCAGAAGACAAACCCAGACAAUGUGGCAAUGGAUGGGGACAAGGAUUUACAAACUGCAGUGUUCACACUAAAGCAAGGAGCUAUCAAUCUAAAAUAUCAUUAAUGGGAAUUAGACAUGGUUAAAAUGACUGAUGAAAGCAAGACAACUGAAAAGCAAAAACUUUUUUCUACACGUAAUUUUAAUGUCCUCAGGUGAUGUAACAUUUUCUAUUCUUAAUUGAACCAUCUCUUAGCUGUUAGAGAAAUACAAUAUCCAUUUGUAAAGGAUGCUUCAAUGGUGAUUGGAGAGCUCUUGCUUUUUAUAUAGAUUCCAUGUAGUCUAACUAAAAUUCAAUAAACCAUUACAGACACAUAAUUUCAGGUAAACUUUAAUCAUCCUCAAAUAGCCUAUCCAGUUUGCUUGGGUACACAGGGUCUGGACAGGUUCUCCAAGAUACCAACCAACCAAAAUUUCCAGUUGUAAGGUCACUGCUUAGUCAGUUGGAAAUUAGUGAUGGUGGUUGGCACCAACUCAAAAGUAAUAGGUUAUAUUGCAUUAUGACCUCAACAAAACCUCUAGCACUACUGUUAAGAUUAUGUAUUACCGGUUAUAUGUCAGCAGCAACUGUGAUUAAAAAUAUUGAUUGGUUUAACCAAUACAUUUCUAGGUUGCUUUAUCUCUACUUAACUUUAGUUUUAGUAGUAUCAGUUGUUCAAUGUAGUUUGUUGAUAAAGCAAUGGCACCAUAUCCGGUAGCAACAUCUGAACAGCUAAACCUGGACAAAUUUUUUUUCAAACCUACAGCAAAGUUUGAAAACAGAAACAGUGUUUGAUAGAUUUGAAGAUAGCGUUCUACAAUAUAUGUUGCAGAAUGCAUCCAAAACUGUGGAACAUUUAUUUUCUCUGAUCAUGUAGCUGUUUACUAUUUAAUGUACUGUUUAUUCUAUAUCAUCUGCUGUUGGGCUCCUUGGUUCCUUAGCAGCUGUAGGUAAGACAUUUGAGUGUUUCUUGAUGCCAUGGGCAGAUUACUGGUUAUUUGUCAGAGACAAACAUCACAUCACUGUAGUUUGGUCAGCACUAGAACUGCAGAUGGUACUAGUCCU